GCUGUGAAGCUAUUUGAAAUACCAUUAAAUCUCAUCAUCAAGUCAGAAAAAUAACUUUAAAUUGAUAAUAAUAAUUGAAUUUCGUCAGGCAGUUUACAAGCAGAACCAACAAAAACACAUUAAAAAUUACAAUUUGAAUUGUGAAAUUGAUUCGUAUUGAUUGACAUAACUAUCCCAUAAUAUUUGGAAAAGCACCAGAAAUUGUGAUUGAUUGAUUAAACCAUGAGUAGAACAAGAUCAAGAGAGGAUCAAUUUAAUAUUCCACCCGAAAGGAAAGACGACAUUAAGAACCUUGUAGUCAUAAAACAAGGCGUCAAGUCAAUCAUACGGGAAGAAUAUCGCGACAGAGUGAUUCAGUUUUUGGAUCAUCGAAGCUACAAAAUGACACUGAUUUCGUCACUGGCAUCAUUGUUGGCGUUGUACAAAAUUCAAGGAGCCAUCGAUGAUGGGAACCAACAAUUUUUUGUACAAAACGGUAAAACAUUUUUCAUUGAGUGCUUUAACGGUGUUUUAGCCGAUAAAGUCGACAGAGAGGAACUAAUGCCACCAGCUUUUCGUAACAUUGUCGAGGCACACUUCGGUGUAGAGAAUUUUGAAUGGCCCGAUAAUGAAUGCCUGGGAAAUGGUUUUAAUUAUUUCUACCAAGAUCACAUUCGAAAUAAUCAGACCAAUCUCAACACUCAUUGUUCAGAACAUGUUGAAUCGUUUUUUCAAAUGAAACGCUGGUAUUAUAACAUGAAUAUCAAUGUGCAUCAAUACUAUGGAUCAAAAUUCGACGGCAUCGAUAUACGAAACGCAAAAGUGUACGCCACUAUGUCAAAAAGUUCACAAUGA